GAUAAUUCAUACUUGGACAUGUUUACGCUCCUUCAUCAACAGUACAGUCAUACUCAUGUAGCAACAACGUGCUCCACAGCAAUGUGGCGACAGUUUAAGUCUACACGUCAAAUUUUGAUAUUCAUUACUCUAGUAUUUGCUUUAGUUUUGUGUAAAAAUGAGUGUCCUACUGACGAUGACAUUGUUUAUGUGGAUUUGCAAAGAAUCGUUGGAGAGUGGUACAUGGUUGCUGGAACACCAGUUACCAAAAGUGUAGGAGCAUGUUUGCACUUUGAUGUCAAAGUGAUAAAUGCUACUGACUUCUCAAUGGAUUUUUCAUCAACAAGCUGGAGAAAUGGUCGACGAAUUCAGUGGACAGUUGAAGGUAGACAGAAUGACAAACAAUUAUUAGCUACGUGGCAAUUAAAUGGAUCACCUAAUGUUAUCGGACCAUUUCAACACCAGAUACUAACAAUGAAUUACGAUGAAUACUCAGCAAUGAUAGUCUGUGCUAAUGAUACUAGGUAUAUAAGACAAAAAAGAUUUGCUAUGAUUUGGUCUAGAUCACGAGAGCUAUCAUCGAACAUUCUAGAGAGUCUCAAACAGGAAAUAGCUGAGUAUGUAGGUGCCGAUAACAUAGUGGAUGUAGACAAUACUUGUAAUGAAGUAUUAGACUUCAAUAAAAUAAAUUGAGUCGUGUAAAUAAAUUGUAAAAAAUAAUUAAUGUAUGUAAGUGAGAAUAAAAUUUUAUUGUGAUAAGCUGAG